UGUAUGUAGCGGCAGUUUCGGAUCUGCGGAAAACGGACCUGUAUAGUUCGCUUCUCUACUGGACACUUCUCGACACUUUCCGCACGAGAAAAAGACAUCGUAUCACAAGUUUAUUGGUGGAAAAAAAUCGAAUUUUAUUUUUCCUGACAGUUCGACAAUUUAUUUUUCAUGCUUUUAUACUUUUUUUCUAUCAGUGGACGGUCGAAAGUUUCUCGUGUGAAGUGAGGAUAAGGUAUUGAUGUAGGGGGAAAAGUUUUACGUCUUUCUUACUUAUUUCCCAUUAAGGAUUAUUCGGCUGUGGUGGAUCGUAGGAGGGCCCAAACACGGAAAAUGGGCCCCACUAGGAAGAAGAAGGUUAAAAUGUGUUUAUUUCGAUUUUUGCUCAUUUUUGUCAUUCCAUGGAGAGUGAAGUCACAUGAGGAUCUAGAACCUGAAUUUACAGAAACUAUACCUAAUGUCACAGUCGCGACAGGACAAGAAGCAAUUCUUAGUUGUGCUGUGGAUAAUCUUGGAACGUAUAGGGUGGCGUGGCUGAGACAUGAAACACAGAGCCUUUUAACCAUCCAAAAGCACUUAGUACUAAAAAACAGUCGCCUCUCAGUCAAGAAUCCAGACUACAGGCACUGGAAUCUACAUAUUCAAGAUGUACAAGAAUCUGAUAGAGGAGGUUACAUGUGCCAAGUCAACACAGUACCGAUGAAGAGCCUUGUGGGAUUCUUGGAUGUUGUGGUUCCGCCGUCGUUUCUGGAUUCCGAGACAAGCUCUGAGGUGCUGGCUCGAGAGGGCACAAAUAUAACCUUGACAUGUCGGGUCAGGGGACACCCGACCCCCACUAUCACGUGGAGGAGAGAGGAUGGACAGGCUCUAAUGAGUAACAUCUGCCAGCACCAGACAGAAGGAAGGUGUCAAAACGAUGUUAUUUAUGAAGGAUCUGAACUCACUAUAAUAAAAGUGAGUCGUCUUAAUAUGGGAACAUACUUAUGUAUUGCCAACAAUGGAAUACCUCCGACGGCAGUGAAGAAAACAAUGCUGCAUGUACAUUUUCCUCCAAUGAUAUCGAUACCCAAUCAACUCAUUGGCGCCUCCAUCGGGGAAGAUGCUACCUUGGACUGCAAUACGGAGGCGUAUCCGAUGUCAAUCAACUAUUGGACAAAAGAAAACAGUAUGAUGAUUGUGUCGAACAGUAAAUAUAUUACAAGUAUACAGGAUAAUACAUACAAAGUACACAUGAAAUUGACUAUAGUGUCCGUGCGACCUGAAGAUUAUGGCACAUACAAAUGCUCAGCCAGAAAUUCUCUAGGAACAACAGACGGAUCGAUCCGGUUAUACCAAAUACACGAUUCCCAACAUUUCAUCAAUGAACCUACAACUGCACGAACGGAGGCUAUCAAAGGUAAAGUUCCACCAAUGCAAGAUGAAUCUCUCACCAAAGAACUUGAAGAUGACGUGGAGCCCCCUAUCCAACGUCCCAGUGUUUCUGAAGGUGCUUCCAGUACGGCAGCAUGGUUUCAAAUCAAUGGUGUAGUGUCUUCAGGAUUCUACUGCCUAGUCUUUAUGUUUCUAAGGCUUUCCGUUUCUUAAGCUAGUUGGCAAACAUUUUUGAACUGGUUUACCAAUUACAAAUAGGUGUCAAACUCUAAGUGUGCAGUCAUUUCUCUAUGAGGAAGACAAUAUAUGUGUACAGAACAAAGAAUAUUCGUAAAAAUUGAAAUCUGAAUACGCGUCAAGAUGUUUUUACGAACCUCAAGACAUAAGCCAGCGUCCGGAGUAUUACCAAAUGUUUGACAUGUACCAUGAUUUUGCUGUCAAUGAGCACAAAUUAACUGACUUCAAGUCAUUUGUAAAGAAAUGUAAAAAAAUAAAAUAAAAAACGCUAAUUUUUUAGACCGGAAAAUACUAUUGAAAAUUCUUUGGGAAGAAUGCCAAUCCUGGUUUCAGAAAACAUUGUACGAUUUGGCUAUUUUGACUGGAUGGAUAGUAAAGAUAAUAGUUCGGAUCAAAGUUUGUAUGAAUCAGAUAGUUUUUUAAAUGAAAAUAAGCUAAGCGAAUAUACGGAAGAAAAUAUAUGCCUUCAUUAGAAUAAGAAUCAGCUAUCGUGAUGCAUCAGCAACUGGUUUCAUAUUUGAGACUGUGAAUUUUGCUAAGCAAAUAGUAAUAGAAAUCUGCUACAAUUGCAUUAUUUAAAUACAGAUUGGAACAUAAAAGUAAUUUCUAGAAUAUUAUACAAUAACCAUGAAAAAUAUAAUCUGUAUUGUAAGAGUUUGAAUAAAACAUGGAACCAAAUUACUUAUUUCUCAAUAAAUCAUAUAUUAUUCAAUAUAUGACGAAAAUUGUGAUGAAUUUCAGGCAACUUCCAAAAAUUAUUAAUUUGAUAGAAAAAUAGUUUAUAAUGAGGAAUUUGAAUGAUGCUUGUAUCCAAUCAUACUUAUUGUAGUAUUUAUCAAUACUAUUUCAUUUAUUUUAUUUUAUUGGAUAUAUUUUGUAAAGGCCAUGAGUUUAUAAAGAGAAGAAGAGUAAAAACUUCAGAAUAAAACUGUAAUGCGUUUUUUACA